AUGAGUCUGUACAGGGCAUCAAAAGAAUAUAAAGUGCCGUGGAGUACUUUAAAGGUCAAUGUUGACAGAGUAAAGGAAGAACGCAAUCAGGGCAUAACACAAAUUAAAAUGCUCAAGGAAGGCCAAGACCGCGCUUCGAAGGAUAAUACAUCUGACAAUGAGGAAAAUGACCACAUAGGUGAAGAUCAUGAUCAGUCACAAGAUAAACAACCCCGUUCCACCGCGAGCACUGAAUCGGACCAAACAACCGAUAAUGCAAAGAAUUCAUCAAAAUCGGAAUUCAAAUCUCCACUUCCGAAAAAUAUGUCGCGAACCAUGACCCAAUGUUGCAAUUGGCAUUUGAUUUGCUGA